CCUGCUCAGUUAAAACAUACGCCAGGUCCAUAUCCAAAAACUGAAGAAGAAAGGAAAAAGGCUGCAGAAAAAUAUAAUUUGCAUAUAGAUGACUAUAAACCUUUUCCAAAUGAUCAUAGACAUUCUGGUGAUUAUCCAGAUCUGCCAUGGAUAAGUUAUGAUGCUCGUGACCCAUUUUAUCCUUGGGAUAUGCCUGCUAUGAGAAGAAAUUAUGGGGAACCUAUCCAUAAGUUUAAUGACCAAAUGCUCGGAGACAAAUACGAUUAUGGUGUUCGGAAACAUAUUAGUGAUCAGAAAGCUACACUUAUAUUUUGGGCUAUAUUUUUGUCAAUAAUUGUAAUUGGUCGUGUGUUAGGAGACACGAGUCAACCUUUUAUGGAAAAACAGGUUCCAGGAAAAGGAGAACAUUAUACAUUUGAAUUAAUUAAAUAGAUGUAUAGUGAAAUGUAUAAUUAUAGUUGUUAAUUGAUUCUAAUAAAUAAUAUGUAUGAAUAUUUGACAUACUCAUUUCUGUUAUACAAAAUAUUGAAUAAAGUGACAAACAUUUCCUAUGAA